ACAAACAGUUACAUGCCAAUAUCCCAUGCAUAAAUAUGUACACAUCACUGUAGCAAUUCUAGUUGCUGCUAUAGGACACGCUCCUUGCGCAGCAAUCAUACGUUCUAACAAAUGGUCGACGCCACGGCAACAAGACAUACCGUCCUUCCGCAAGAAUGAAACUCCAAUAGAACAGGCAUUUAUCAAGUGUGUAGCAAGAAGCAAACCGGAAGGAUCUAGUGAUGUUAAAACCUAUGCAGAGAAGAAUCAACUGCCAGAUGAUUUCAACCUUACGCGAAAGGAUAGAGUAGUACUCACAAGGGAUCCAACAGCACCGAGACCAUACCUAUGGAAUGUAAGGUGGCCGGAAACCGAAAGGAAAAUUGAAUUGAGAGCUAUCAAGUAUAAAGUGGGACAAAUAUGGUCACCUGAUGGACACGUAGAAACUGUAACUGCAUUAAAAGUGCUACCAUGCACAAUAUGCGAGUUCAUGGACUUUGGAUAUGCACUAGUAGCCUACGGUAAGCCAUCAUGGGAAAAACGGUGGAACCUGCGAAGUGAACUCGGAAAGCUAAUUAAAAACUGUAAUAACUUCGCUUAUAUGAAACCAGUCAAGUUGCAACCACCGCAAGAUUACGUAUUGGGACAAAUAUUAGAUGUCUCAGCAUUCGCCGGAUGCACCCACGUCAAGGUAACGGGGAUUACAAAAGGUAAAGGCUUUGCCGGUGUUAUAAAACGACAUGGAUUCGCAAGAGGCCCAAUGAGCCACGGCUCUAAACACCACAGAAAGCCAGGAUCCAUAGGAGCAUCUACCACACCAGGAUGCGUAAAACCUGGUAAGAGAAUGCCAGGACGCAUGGGCAACAAACGUUGCACUUUCCGAAAAUUACGUGUGCUGGGAAUCAACCCAGAAACGUCACUGAUGUACGUAAAGGCACUAGUAGCCGGUGCCAAUGGUAGCUACGUGUCAGUGACAUCAGAUAUGCAAACUAUAACACCAGAAAAUAUCCUACAGUGAUUUUGUAAUUAGUCAAUG